UGAUACGUAAUUCGAGACAGUCCGAUGAGUUAACAGAUAGAUAGAGUGCCUUUGCUUGCUAUCUGAAUGUCGAUUAAUUGAUAUAAUCGUGAUAAUUGAAGAAGCGUGUACAAAUCAUCACUUGAUACCAUCUUAUAUAACUUGGGGAAAACUCGAGUAAUAAAGAUUGCAAAAUGCAAGCAAUGCCAAAUUAUUUAUAACCCUUUAACUAACUGCCAAAUGAUUAGGAGUAUAAUUGUAGUCGCAUUAAAAUCACUGUCCGAUGCCAAGCAACAGUUAUCGUGUCAUAUAUAUACGAUUACUAUUUUCGUUUACCAAACUUUUAACUUCUUUUGUCUGCCCAAUUGGCUGAAGUUCGCUUCUUAUCGGCGACGAGACGCUGACUUGACCUAGCGGAUAACACUUGGCUAAGCGUUAACGCUAACGCUAAAUACCUUAACUCUUGAUAAGGAAAAUUGGUUAUAAAAAACUUAACACGAGCCCCAUAAACUCAUAUUACUGCACAGCAAUUAGAGGCACACAAAAAAGUUGACUUGCCUAAACAAUAAACCAUCCCGACUAAAUAGAUAAACCUUCCACACAGGGGAAAAGGGAACUAAAACUUGCAACCACACAAAAAACGAGAGAAAUUCAAAUUGUAACGUAAAAUAAAAGCUUUUAAACUGCUGAGAGCGGCAAAAGCUUCAACGCGUCCAAAAACAACGUGACCCGCUGAACUUCCGCAAAACCCAUCUGUCUAUUGACUUAGACUGCGAGAGAGGGAGAGAGACCGAGAGCAAUAAAGCGAGUGCAAACAGAGCGAACGCAGCGACGCCGCAAAGCGCACAAGCGAAAUGAGCGUAACCGAGGAGGGCACGCAAAAUGCUCGGCGCACAAGCAUUGGCAGCAGUGCUGCCAGCAGCAAUAUUAUUGCCAUUGAAAGCCAACGACGCAGCUUCGGCGAAUGGCUGUGGGACGCCGUCACCGCCACCUCUGUGGAGCCCACGAUGUUUCUGUACAUGUUCGCCUUCAUGAUCACCUCGGUGGUUGAGCAGAACUUCUUUGUGCAGAAGGCGUGCCUGGUGAACAGAAAUUUCUCCGCCGAGAUCUGUGACAACAUCAAUAAUGCAGAGAACGAGGAGUACAAGAAGAAGGUGCUGGAGACAACGGCCUGGUUCCACCAGUGGGAGAACAUUGCAGCGCACAUCUUUCCCAUAUUCCUAGCUCUCUUUCUGGGCUCCUUUUCGGAUAGACGCGGUCGCAAGCUGCCGCUGCUCAUGGGGCUGGUGGGUAAGUUCAUCUACUCCGCGAUGGUAGUAGUGAAUGCCAAGAUGACAAACUGGCCGGUGGAGAAUGUCAUCUAUACAGCCACGCUGCCAUCGGCGUUGACGGGCGCCGAUGUGGCCAUAUUUGCAAGCUGCUUUGCGUACAUAUCGGACAUCACAACGCUGAAUAAUCGCACAAUUAGGGUGACCAUAUUGGAUGUGGUUUAUCUGAGUGCCAUGCCCACAGGCGUAGCCUUGGGCUCCUAUCUGUUCUACAAUGUCUUCAAUCAGUCCUAUGCGGACAUGUUUGCGGUCAACGCAACUUUAUUGUUCCUGGCGAUUGUCUACACAUUGUUUGCCCUGAAGUGGCAAACGACUCCCAAUCAACGUUCGUUGAGGGAGUUGGGUUGCUGUGGCUUCUGGGCAGACUUCUUUGACAAGCAGCACAUUAAGGAUUCGUUUGCAGUGUUGUUCAAGCCACGCAUGGGCCACAGACGCAGCUUCCUGUAUAUCCUGCUCAUCAGUAUGGCACUCUACACGUUCCAACGCGAUGAGGGAAGCUACAUGUAUCUUUACACAUUCGGCAAGUUCGGCUGGCAGGUCAGUUCCUACAGUACCUUCAAGACGUUUAAGUCAACGGCCUUUGUCGUCAUGAUGCUGCUGGCUGUGCCCGUGAUGAACAAACUCCUCGGCUGGCGCGACACAACCAUCAUCUUUAUUGGCACCUGGGCACAUGCGCUUGCCCGACUGUUCUACUACUUUGCAAUGGGUCCAACGCUGUUCUAUGUGGGUGGCGCGGUCUGCAGUUUGGGUCCUAUUGUUGGUCCCAUGAUACGUUCGAUGACGUCGAAGAUUGUGCCCCAAUCAGAACGUGGCAAGGUCUUUGCCUUGCUCUCGGUCUGUGACAAUGCGGUGCCCUUCAUCAGCGGCGUUUGCUACUCUCAAAUCUAUGUCGCCACGCUCGAAACUAGUCACGGCGGUGGCAUCUAUCUACUGACCAUUGGCACCCAAAUGGCAGUCUUUUUGCUAGUGCUUUGCAUUCACAUUGUGUUGGGCCGAAACUCGUUGGCUGUGCCAAAUGUGGAGGAGAACGACAGCGGACUUAUUAGCGAAACUGUCUCAACGGACAGACAUCGGGAUAGUCUAUCCAAAAAGACGGAACAGGAGGCCAAAUGAAAUCUUGUUUUUACAUCACAACCUAGCUACUGCUAUUAUAAAUAAAAGACAGAGAUAUAUUUUACUUUUUAAAACA